GCGGCUGGGACUUGUGUUGAUGCGCUCGUUGCACGGACGGUGUGAUCCCGCUUAGUGCCAACUGUUGUCGAACUCCGAUGGACUGUCGGUGUCGAUUGUCACUGUGCUGCCGAACGUUGCCGUCCAGCCUGCCAUUCGGCACAAUCUCCAGUUCGUCGUCAUCGUCCGAUACGUCGACUGCAGCGCGUUUCUGGGCCAGCGCUGCGAGUUGCAGCUUCCGUUCCAUCAGUUCACGCUGAUGUUGCUCUCUUCGUCGUCUUCGUCGAGCACAGGCAUUGGGUCUAUGGCAGAUCGGGUUGGGCUCGGAGCUGGUGGAAGCAUCGCCUCUUCAUCUGCCUCUGGGCGAACGGGGGUAGCCGCAACCCGCGUCACGUUCGGUGAAGAAGAGAACGCUGUGAUGGGAUCAUCCAUUGACAUCGUUGUCCCAAGCGGAGGCUUACUGCACAGAUCAUGUCAGAGCUUUAACACUAUGACUGCCCGAGAGACUUACUGGAGCGUUUGGAAGAAUUGCCUCAAAGUCUUAUUGGUACCGGGCAUAGAGGUUUGUAGCGCAGCUUGACGCAUGCCAGCGAUCCGGCUGCGGUCACGAGCUGUAUCUUGUAUCUCUUUCUUGGACACUGC